GUGUUUUAUUUUUCAGUAAAACUUUUUUCAUCAAUGCCAAUACUUGUUUCAAUGUAAAUACAACCAUUAAAGAUUUCAAUGCAAAUGUUUCCUUUUCAGUUCGGGGUUUUGUUUUCAAUGCCAAAUCUUAUUGUCACUCUUCUAGCUCCAUAUCUGUCUCCAUACUGGGUUGAUAUGUAACUUCAAAUGAAUAAUUUUUUUUAUUACUGUAACCAGCCUUUCAUUUAUUAAUGCAGCCCAGCUGUAGGAGUAUUAUGUGUUGAGGAGAGGAGGACUGUGUUCAGGUGUCCAGACCAGUCUCUGUAAACUCAGCUGUGACUCAGCAGAUGUAACAGAGACCCUCAGAGUCCUGUGACCUCCUCCUGUCCCGCCUGCUCCUCUACACCCCACCCUACCCCUCUUAUCUCAGACCCUCAGCCCCUCUUCGGCCCGGCCCGGCCCACAGCCCCUGAGCCCCGCACCGCUGCUGGCCACGUCUCAACACUCCGCUCUGUUCACAGUGGAGUAACCGAGCAGCUGCAGAGGACGCAGCGGGGGGGGGGGGGGAGACAGGAGAGGACCGCGGGGUUCUGAGACACAGACCACCGUCUCCAGGCAGCACGACCCACAACAAAACGGAAGGUCUUGCAUCCACCCUCAGUCCUGCAGAGGCAACACACACCUCCACAGGAGACGAAAAAAGGAAAGACCCAUAUCAGGGAUCAGACACUGACAGUGAUCCGCAGCCACCAUGUUCCGCUGCAGGGUGAACCUCAGCACCAUGAUUUUCCUGGUGAUUCUGCAGGGUGCAGCGGUGGUGCUGUUCUGCGGCUGGUACGUCCAGCUCAGUCCCUGCAGCACUGCCCCCUCCAACGACAAAGUUCACGUUCUGCUGCUGUCGUCAUGGCGAUCAGGCUCGUCCUUCCUUGGUCAGGUGUUCAGUCAGCACCCAUCUGUCUUCUACCUUAUGGAGCCUGCUUGGCACGUGUGGACCAAACUGCAGAAAUCUGGAGCACGGGUGCUCCGAAUGGCUGUGAGGGAUCUAUUACGGAGUGUUUUCCAGUGCGACAUCUCAGUGAUGGAGGCCUACCUUCCGGAGCACCACAAUGUUUCCUCCUUGUUUAUGUGGAGUCACAGUCGAGCACUGUGCUCACCGCCAGCCUGUCCUCUCACACCACGCAACCACUUCAGCAACCAGACUCGCUGUUUGCAAACAUGUGAUGCUAUGGGCCUGCAGGGGGUGCAGGAGGCCUGCAGCACUUACAGUCACGUGGUGUUAAAAGAAGUGCGUUUUUUUGAGCUGGAAUCCCUCUAUCCACUUUUGCAGGACCCAAACCUAGAUCUCCGCAUCAUCCACUUGGUCAGAGACCCACGGGCUGUGGUGCGGUCUAGAGAGGAGUCAGCCAGAGCCUUUGAGAGCGACAACGCCCUUGUCUUGGAGCACAGAAACAUACCAGCAGGGGAGGUGCAGUAUCAAGUCAUGCAGGAGAUCUGUCGUAGCCAUGUGCGCAUAAAUGAGAGGGCCGUCCUGAAGCCCCCUCCGUUUUUAAAAGGCCGCUACAAAAUGGUCCGCUAUGAGGAUGUGGCACGCAACCCACUCGAGGAAAUAACCGCCAUGUAUGACUUUGUAGGUCUGGAGAUGACCAAACAGUUGGAGGAGUGGAUCUACAGGGUGACCCAUGGAAAAGGCAAAGGCUCCAGGAAAGAGGCCUUUAAAAUCACCUCACGAAAUGCAGCCGAUGUCUCCCAGGCUUGGCGUACCAUGCUGCCGCACAACAAGGUCAGACGAAUCCAGGAAGUGUGUAAAGGGGCCAUGCAGCUGCUCGGGUACAGGACUGUUAACAGUGAAAAAGAACAAAAGAGGCUUGACAUAGAUCUGCUGGUGCCACGGGAACCGUAUCAGUUCAGCUGGUUGCCAGCUAAAACAGAGCACCCAAGUAAAACUUAAAACUUGAAUGACAUUAUCACCAAGAGGCCACAGAGAACUGGUAUUACUGGCUGCAUAAGUCUUUGGUGAGUGCUGUCAAAGAGUGAGUCAUCAACUGAGACAACAGCGGUAUGAUGUUCAUUGAUAAAGGAUUGAUUUGUGAUUAAUGCACAACUCUCACUGUUAGUGGAUAAGAGGAUUCAAAUGUGAUUUGACAGCACAGCAGGAUUGUAUGAUGUUGCUGUUUGUUAGAUUUCGUAACGCAGUAUAAACGGGCUGAUGUAAGAGCUGGAAAAUACUUUAUCUCUGGAAAAACUGGAAAACAAGGUACCCGAUUCUCUGAGAUUUACUGACAUGUUGUUGUUUCCUGAAGUAAGAAACAAGACUCAUUUUUCAGCAGUUACUCACAUUGUCUUUUAGUCCUCCCAAGUCUUCCCUAAAGAUUUUACAAUGGGGAUGAGUUUGUGCUGCAAAGAUUUG